AUGUCCAAGGUGUUCAAGGCCGAGGAGGUCGCGGCUCACAAGAAGCCCGACGACCUCUACAUCAUCGUCGACCAAGAUGUCUACGAUCUUACACAGUUCCAGGAUGAGCAUCCCGGAGGCAAGAAGAUCCUCCAGAGGGUUGCCGGCAAGGACGCGAGCAAGCAGUUUUGGAAAUACCACAACGAGAGCAUCCUCAAGAAGUACCAGAGCAAGCUGCAAGUCGGAUCUCUAGACAGCAAGCCGCAGCCUGCCGCGCCAACCCCUCCGCCAUCACCACCGGCCAAGCAAGAGAAGGAGAAGGUUGUCCCACAGGCCGAGUCUGGCGUUGUGGCCGCCGUUCCAGGCCCCGAUGCAGAGGAAGAGGCAGAGGCAAUGGAUCAGUUCGGCGACAUGGUCCCAUACGCAGACCCAUCCUGGUACCAAACUUACCACACUCCAUACUUCAACCAAUCCCACGCAGAUCUCCGAGCCGAAGUACGACAGUGGGUUGAGGACGAGAUUAUGCCAAACGUUACGGAGUGGGACGAGGCCAAGAAGGUGCCAGACAGCAUCUACAAGCAGAUGGGUGAGCGUGGAUACCUCGCCGGUCUCAUGGGUCUGCAUAAGUGGCCCACGCACCUCACAAACCACGCCGUCAAGUCUGUGCCAGCCGAGAAGUGGGAUCUCUUCCAUGAGAUGCUGCUUACUGACGAGCUGUCCCGUGCCGGAUCCGGUGGUUUCGUGUGGAAUGUCAUCGGAGGUUUUGGUAUUGGUGGCCCACCAGUCGUGAAGCACGGCAAGAAGGAGUUGAUUGACCGCAUCAUGCCUGGCAUUCUCAACGGUGACAAGCGCAUCUGUUUGGCCAUCACUGAGCCAGACGCUGGAUCUGAUGUGGCCAACUUGACUUGCGAGGCCAAGCUUACCGAGGAUGGCAAGCACUACAUUGUCAACGGUGAGAAGAAGUGGAUCACCAACGGUAUUUGGUGCGACUACUUCACGACCGCCGUGCGAACGGGUGGCGAGGGCAUGAACGGUGUCUCCGUCCUGCUCAUCGAGCGCGAACACGAGGGUGUCAGCACUCGCCGCAUGGACUGCCAGGGUGUCUGGAGCUCCGGCACAACCUAUGUCACCUUCGAAGACGUCAAGGUCCCAGUCGAGAACCUGAUCGGCAAGGAGAACCAGGGAUUCAAGGUCAUCAUGACCAACUUCAACCACGAGCGUAUCGGCAUCAUCAUCCAGUGCAUCCGAUUCAGCCGUGUCUGCUACGAGGAGAGCAUGAAGUACGCCCACAAGAGACGCACUUUCGGCCAGAAACUCAUCAACCACCCCGUCAUCCGUCUGAAGCUCGCACACAUGGCCCGCCAGAUCGAAGCAUCAUACUCAUGGAUGGAGUCCCUCAUCUAUCAGGCCCAGAAGAUGAACGAGCACGAGGCGAUGUUGAAGCUCGGUGGCGCCAUUGCCGGUCUCAAGGCCCAAUCCACCACGACUUUCGAAUUCUGCGCGAGAGAAGCAUCCCAGAUCUUCGGUGGUCUCAGCUACAGCAGAGGUGGCCAGGGUGCCAAGAUCGAGCGCUUGUACAGAGACGUUCGUGCAUACGCCAUUCCAGGUGGAAGUGAAGAGAUUAUGCUCGACUUGAGCAUCCGACAAGCAUUGAGGGUGCACCAGGUACUCGGCAUGAAGCUCUGA